AUGCCUAAGCUACACCAGCCCUCCAUGACUCAGCUAUCACUGGAAGAACCCCUCAAUCAGGCAUUCAAGAACUUCUGGACAAAACUCCGGAGUAGGAUACAGCGACGAUCACCGAAGUCUCCCAUGGCAUCUUUACUUCUGCCUUCCCCACUGUGCAGCACAGCCAAACCAAAAUUUUCUGAGCAACACCCUGACACAGUGAAGGGGAAGUUGAAAGGGAAACCUCAAUGCAUUGGUUCACCACCAACGACGAGGUCCUGCUUUGCACCGAUAUCUUCCUGGGCCACAGUCCAACAGGGUAUGUCCCUACAUAAGUCGCUCCAUCCCUUGAACAGCCCUUCCUCAAUGCGCCCUAAACAAGACAAGCACCAAUAG